UCGUAAUCAUCUGUCAUUCAUCACAUGUGUUUAUCUAUUAAUGUUUUACAGUAUUAUUUAAAUAAAUAAAACGAUUUAUUUUUCUAAAGUCUUCGCUUCGCUCGAUUCCCUACAUUUAACGUGGCUUUUAAUUUACGAAUUGUCACCAGACGUUUGUCAAGUGUCUUUGAAAAAAUCUAAUGAGAAUUAUGGCUGUUUUAAGAAAAUAUAUAGAUAUUGGAGCAAACCUCACAGAUGAAAUGUACCAAGGAAUAUAUCAUGGUUCAAAGAAACAUGCUCCCGAUCUCGACAAAGUACUUAACCGAAGCUGGGCUGGUGGUAUGGACAAAAUGAUAAUAACAGGAGGAAGUUUAAGUGAUAGCAAGAAAGCUAUUGAUUUAUCUCGCACCGAUUCAAGAUUAUUCUCUACCGUAGGAUGUCAUCCGACGAGGUGCAAUGAUUUCGUGCCAGAUCCGGACAAAUAUCUUAAUUCUCUUAGAGAACUGAUUGUGGAAAACAAAGAUAAAGUUGUUGCAAUCGGAGAGUGUGGCUUGGACUAUGAUCGUUUGCAUUUCUGCGAAAAAGAUGUUCAACUCAAAUACUUUGAGUUCCAGUUACAGUUGAGUAAAGAAUUUAACUUACCACUCUUCUUGCACUGCCGCGCUGCCGCCGAUGAUCUCGUCGAUAUAUUGAGUAGAAACCAAGAUAAAAUUGUCGGUGGAGUGGUGCAUUCAUUCGAUGGUACAGAGGACGCAUUAAACAAAAUAUUGGCAUUGGGAUUGUAUAUAGGUAUUAAUGGAUGUUCAUUGAGGACAAAAGAAAAUUUAGAAGUGGCUACUAAAAUACCAACAGAAAGGCUGAUGAUAGAAACCGACUGUCCUUGGUGCGAGGUGAAAUCCACCCAUCCAGGGUACGGCCAUGUGGUCACCAAGUUCCCAUCAGUGAAGAAAGAGAAGUAUGAUAUUGGGACUGACAACCAAGUAAAGGGACGCAACGAGCCAGUUAAUAUUGUGCAAGUCUUGGAAAUCUUAGCAGCAGUACGAAAAGAAAAUAUAGACGAGCUGGCCAAGUCUAUUUAUGACAACACCAAUAAAUUGUUUUUCUCUAACAACAGUUAGUAAUUAUCACUUGCUUAUUAUAUCGAUUGUAAUGUUAAAUCUUGAAUCAUGGUGCAAUAGAAUUAUAAAAAUUAAAGUAUUUCGCGAAUAUUGCAGGAGAAAAAGAAAUAAAUCUAAUUUAUUAAACA